AUGGAUAAUGAACAACCACCAACAAAUCACGAACGUGCUCCUUCAAAAAUUCCAUGCAAUAACUUAAACACUUGCGACUUUUCAGAUACAACUUCUAACAAUCCAUCGUCCUACGCUAGUUUUGCUAUUCGUAGACGCCGUAAUCAACGACGUUUAAGACAUAUUACAAUUAAUAUAAUGAAUCAAUCGCUUAUUAAUUAUCUUCGCUUACGUUUAGUCGAAAUCGCAAAAUCUGCAAACCUAUCCAAUAAUAUAUGA